AUGCCAUUGAAGCUUAUCCCGGAAUCGUCGCCGUUAUACACCUACACCACCGAAACCACCGCGGGGUACGACCAGCGGAAGCGGGGGCUGGUGUACGCCAGCCAGGACGUCGAGGUCGCCUACCGCAAGUACGUACGGCGAGAACCAGUGAAAGGAACCCCGCUUAAUCUUUUGUUCAACCACGGGAACGGCAUGAACAAGGCGGCGUGGCAUCGGAUGAUCGACUCGUUGUUUCACACGGUGCCCCAGCUCCAGUGUGCCGUGGCCACUGAUCUCAUUAAUCACGGCGACCUGGUGGAGGCCAACCAAGACAAAUUGGGCUACGACUACUGGUGGCUGGACAGUGCCCACGACUGUAAUCUUGUGGCUAAGGCGCAGCCAGAGUUCUCUGCAGGGGUUAACGUGGUGGUGGGACAUCUGAUGGGGGGGUGCAUUGCGUUGAUGCAGUGUGAGUUCGAGCCCCAGUUGUGGCAGGCGUGUAUUGUCGUCAAUCCUACUGCCUAUAUUGACGACGAAUUUGAGGAUCUCAUGGCGGUAGCCAUCCCCAUGUGGGAGCGAAGACCAUAUUUUAAGACGUCGUAUGACACUAAGGGUAAAGACUGGUGGCAGACGGCGUGGGACUUUUACCGGAAAAAGUCGUUCUUCCGGUUAUUCCCCGAUGAAGAGUUGAAUAAUGUGCUUUACGAUGAGUUUAACGGACGCUACCAAUUAGGUGAGAGUUAUGAUGAAGUGAGACCUAAGGCCACGGCCAAGAUCCAGUCGCAGAUCUACUGGCAGUUCCCCCGGUGUGCGCGGGAAGCAAUGGCCGGGUAUAAGAAUAUUAAGACGCCCGUAUACAUUAUUUGGGGAGACCGCGAUACCACGCCUGAAGAUAGACUGUUGGAGUUGAGAAAGAUGCUCCCGCUGUUGGUGGAGGUGGUCGAAGUUCCCGAUGGGAAACACUUGAUGGUACAGGAGAUCCCCGAGGUUGUCGGUGGCCACUUAUUACUGGCAAUCACUAAAGCGUAUAAGGGGGCAAACACGACCUCCAAGUUGUAA